AGCGUUUACGUAGCCCCACAACCGGUUCCGUACACCCUGGGGCCGAGUAAGAGACGAGGCGAUUAAAAACGACCGAGGACUGCCUGGGCACCUCGGGCAGCAGGCGCCGGGCCGGGCGCCCGACGCGCCGAAUUCUCGCGAGAGCGGCCGCCGCCAUUUUUCCAUUGAUUGCAGCGGGCUGGGGGAGGGGCCGACGACGAAGGCGGCGGCAGCGGCGGAGCCUGGGGUCGGUGUCUGCGCGCUGGUGUCUGAGGCCCAAGCCGAGGCCUCCACGGUUGCCGGAGCGCAGGCGGCGGAGAGGAUGACUGCCGCCGCUCUUCUCUCCUGAGAUAGAGAGCCGCCGCCACCCUCUCCCUCCCCCGGCAGGGCGGAGAGGAGCGGCCGGAGUCUGAGCGAUGGUGCCCGGCGAGGAGAACCAACUGGUCCCGAAAGAGGAUGUAUUUUGGAGAUGCAGACAAAAUAUCUUUGAUGAAAUGAAGAAGAAAUUUUUACAGAUAGAAAAUGCUGCUGAAGAACCUAGAGUCUUAUGUAUAAUACAAGAUACUACUAAUUCAAAGACAGUGAAUGAACGGAUCACUUUAAAUUUACCAGCAUCUACUCCAGUCAGAAAACUCUUUGAAGAUGUGGCCAACAAAGUAGGCUACAUAAAUGGAACCUUUGAUUUGGUGUGGGGAAAUGGAGUCAAUACUGCUGAUAUGGCUCCACUAGAUCACACCAGUGACAAAUCUCUUCUUGAUGCUAAUUUUGAGGCAGGAAAGAAGAACUUUCUGCAUUUGACAGAUAAAGAUGGUGAACAGCCUCAAAUACUACUGGAGGAUUCCAGUAACAUGGAUGACAGUGUUCAUGACAGGUUUAUAGGUCCACUUCCAAGAGAAGGUUCUGUUGGCUCCACUAGUGAUUAUGUCAGUCAAAGCUACUCCUAUUCAUCUAUUUUGAAUAAAUCAGAAACUGGAUAUGUGGGAUUAGUAAACCAGGCAAUGACUUGCUAUUUGAAUAGCCUUUUGCAAACACUUUUUAUGACUCCUGAAUUUAGGAAUGCAUUAUAUAAGUGGGAAUUUGAAGAAUCUGAAGAAGAUCCAGUGACAAGUAUCCCAUACCAACUUCAAAGACUUUUUGUUUUGUUACAAACCAGCAAAAAAAGAGCAAUUGAAACCACAGAUGUCACGAGGAGCUUUGGAUGGGAUAGUAGUGAGGCUUGGCAGCAGCAUGAUGUACAAGAACUAUGCCGAGUCAUGUUUGAUGCUUUGGAACAGAAAUGGAAGCAAACAGAGCAGGCUGAUCUUAUAAAUGAACUGUAUCAAGGCAAGCUGAAGGACUACGUGAGAUGUCUCGAAUGUGGUUAUGAGGGCUGGAGAAUCGACACAUAUCUUGAUAUUCCAUUGGUCAUCCGACCUUACGGGUCCAGCCAAGCAUUUGCUAGUGUGGAAGAAGCAUUACAUGCAUUUAUUCAACCAGAAAUCCUGGAUGGCCCAAAUCAGUAUUUUUGCGAACGUUGUAAGAAGAAAUGUGAUGCUCGAAAGGGUCUUCGGUUUUUGCAUUUCCCUUAUCUUUUGACCUUACAGUUGAAAAGAUUUGAUUUUGAUUAUACAACCAUGCAUAGGAUUAAAUUAAAUGAUCGAAUGACAUUUCCUGAGGAGCUAGAUAUGAGUACAUUUAUUGAUGUUGAAGAUGAGAAAUCUCCUCAGACCGAAAGUUGCACUGAUAGUGGAGCAGAAAAUGAAGGUAGUUGUCAUAGUGAUCAGAUGAGCAAUGAUUUCUCCAAUGAUGAUGGUGUUGAUGAAGGAAUCUGCCUUGAGAGCAAUAGUGGAACUGAAAAGAUUUCAAAACCUGGACUUGAAAAGAAUUCCUUGAUCUAUGAGCUCUUCUCUGUUAUGGUUCAUUCGGGGAGUGCUGCUGGUGGUCAUUAUUAUGCUUGUAUAAAGUCAUUCAGUGAUGAGCAGUGGUACAGCUUCAAUGAUCAACAUGUUAGCCGGAUAACACAAGAAGACAUUAAGAAAACACAUGGUGGAUCUUCAGGAAGCAGAGGAUAUUAUUCCAGUGCUUUUGCAAGUUCCACAAAUGCAUAUAUGCUGAUUUAUAGACUGAAGGAUCCAACAAGAAAUGCAAAAUUUCUAGAAGUGGAUGAAUACCCAGAACAUAUUAAAAACUUGGUGCAGAGAGAGAGAGAAUUGGAAGAACAAGAGAAGAGGCAACGAGAAAUUGAACGUAAUACGUGCAAGAUAAAAUUAUUUUGUUCACAUCCUAUAAAACAAGUAAUGAUGGAAAAUAAAUUGGAGGUUCAUAAGGACAAGACAUUAAAGGAAGCAGUAGAAAUGGCUUAUAAGAUGAUGGAUUUAGAAGAGGUAAUACCCCUGGAUUGCUGUCGCCUUGUGAAAUAUGAUGAGUUUCAUGAUUAUCUAGAACGAUUAGAAGGAGAAGAAGAUACACCAAUGGGACUCUUUCUAGGUGGAGUCAAGUCAACGUAAUUGUUUGACCUACUUUUGGAGACAAGAAAGCCUGAUCGUUUCCAGUCUUACAAACCUGGAGUGAUGGUGAAAGUUCAUGUUGUUGAUCUAAAGGCAGAAACUGUAGCUGCUCCCAUAACUGUUCGUGCUUACUAAUCAGCAGUUACAGAGUUCAAACCGCUAAUUUCAAAGGCCAUCCAUUUACCUGCUGAGACCAUGAGAAUAGUACUGGAACGCUGCUAUAAUGAUUUGCGUCUUCUCAGUGUGCCCAGUAAAACCCUGAAAGCUGAAGGUUUUUUUAGAAGUAACAAGGUGUUCGUUGAAAGUUCCGAGACUUUGGAUUACCAAAUGGCCUUUACGGACUCUCAUUUAUGGAAACUCCUGGAUCGACAUGCAAAUACAAUUAGGUUAUUUGUUUUGCUACCUGAACAAUCCCCAGGAUCUUAUUCCAAAAGGACAGCAUACCAGAAAGCUGGAGGCGAUUCUGGUAAUGUGGAUGAAGAUUGUGAAAGAGUCACAGGACCUGUAGGGAGCCUAAAGUCUGUGGAAGCUAUUCUGGAAGAAAGCACUGAAAAACUCAAAAGCUUAUCGCUGCAGCAACAGCAGGAUGGAGAUAACGGGGACAGCAGUAAAAGUACUGAGACAAGUGACUUUGAAAACAUCGAAUCACCUCUAAAUGAGAGGGACUCUUCAGCAUCAGUGGAUAAUAGAGAACUUGAACAGCACAUCCAGACUUCUGACCCAGAAAAUUUUCAGUCCGAAGAACGAUCGGACUCAGAUGUGAAUAAUGACAGGAGUACAAGUUCAGUGGACAGUGAUAUUCUUAGCUCCAGUCAUAGCAGUGAUACUUUGUGCAAUGCAGAUAAUGCUCAGAUCCCUUUGGCUAAUGGACUUGACUCUCACAGUAUCACAAGUAGCAGAAGAACUAAAGCAAAUGAAGGGAAAAAAGAGACUUGGGAUACAGCAGAAGAAGACUCUGGAACUGAUAGUGAAUAUGAUGAGAGUGGCAAGAGUAGGGGAGAAUUGCAGUACAUGUAUUUCAAAGCAGAUCCCUAUGCUGCAGACGAAGGCUCUGGGGAAGGACAUAAAUGGUUGAUGGUUCAUGUUGAUAAAAGAAUUACUCUGGCAGCUUUCAAACAACAUUUAGAGCCCUUUGUUGGAGUUUUGUCAUCUCACUUCAAGGUCUUUCGAGUAUAUGCCAGCAAUCAAGAAUUUGAGAGCGUCCGACUGAAUGAGACACUUUCAUCAUUUUCAGAUGACAAUAAGAUUACAAUAAGACUGGGGAGAGCACUUAAAAAAGGAGAAUACAGAGUUAAAGUGUACCAGCUUUUAGUCAACGAACAAGAGCCAUGCAAGUUUCUGCUAGAUGCUGUGUUUGCUAAAGGAAUGACUGUGCGGCAAUCAAAAGAGGAAUUAAUUCCUCAACUCAGGGAGCAGUGUGGUUUAGAACUCAGUAUUGACAGGUUUCGUCUAAGGAAAAAAACAUGGAAGAAUCCUGGCACUGUCUUUUUGGAUUAUCAUAUUUAUGAAGAAGAUAUUAAUAUUUCCAGCAACUGGGAAGUUUUCCUUGAAGUUCUUGAUGGGGUAGAGAAGAUGAAGUCCAUGUCGCAGCUUGCUGUUCUGUCACGACGGUGGAGGCCUUCAGAGAUGAAGUUGGAUCCCUUCCAGGAGGUUGUGUUGGAGAGCAGUAGUGUUGAUGAGUUGCGAGAGAAGCUUAGUGAAAUCAGUGGAAUUCCUUUGGAAGAUAUUGAAUUUGCCAAGGGCAGAGGAACUUUUCCCUGUGAUAUUUCUGUCCUUGAUAUUCAUCAAGAUUUGGACUGGAAUCCUAAAGUUUCUGCCCUGAAUGUCUGGCCUCUUUAUAUCUGUGACGAUGGUGCAGUCAUAUUUAUAAGGGAUAAAACAGAAGAAGUAAUGGAGUUGACAGAUGAGCAAAGAAAUGAACUGAUGAAAAAGAAAGCGUCGACUCCGAAGACUGGACAUCGUGUAACAUACUCACCUCGUAAAGAAAAAGCACUAAAAAUUUAUCUGGAUGGAGCGCCAAAUAAAGAUCUGACUCAAGACUGACUCUGCUAGUGUAGCAUUUCCCUGAGGGAUUUUUGAUUUUAAUUAGAUGGCUCACUACUAUGGUGUAGUGCCAUUAUGGCCGGACAUGGUUGGGGUAACCCAGUGACACCAGCACUGAUUGGACUGCCCUUCACCAAUCAGAAGCUCAGUGCCCAAUGGGCCACUGUUUUGACUUGGAAUCAUGUUGUGCACUAUAGUCAAAUGUACUGUAAAGUGAAAAAGGGAUGUGCAAAAACAAUAAACAAAAAGCAAAACCUGCUACUAGAAAAGGGGGAGGGGAAUGAGGUAAACUUCUUUAUUGCGGACAAAUGUGCACAUAGCCGCUAGUAAAACUAGCCUCAAACAGGAUGCUCAUAGCUUAAUAAUAAAAGCUGUGCAAAGGCCA